GGUCGCGUCACACGGCCCAUUGGCUGGGUGUAUUGUGUCUCUACCUCCAGCUAUGCCGGGAGUCCCCGCGUUAUUUACACCUGGAGCGUACACAGCUAGCAAGAAAUGCGCGUCUCUUCUUUCAACUCCCACCUGAGCCGCCACCUGAAGGUCACCCUUGCCCUACUGGCCCUGGCAUGCUGUGGCUUCUACCUGAUGGUACACAGCGGGUCCCAGCCCAAGUUCGUCAUCAAGGUCGAGACUGACCCGUCCAUCUACGAGCUGACCCGGCUAGUGCAGGAGCAACGAGAAAAGAUUGAGUACAUGGCCGCACAUCCCAAGGUCAUCUUCAGGUGUCUGGACGAUGAGCCCAAGAUUAAAUACCCCAGACACGCCAGCGACGACCUGACCAAGAUUGUGCUGGACACGUCAGACGAGUGCGGCAACAUGACAGAGCUGGACGCCGUGGUCAUCGUCCACACGUCUGCUGACCACUUCACCAGACGGGAACGGUUCCGUAGGGCGUAUGCUAAUUAUAGCAACACCAGCCCAUACAGACUUAAGGUCGUGUUUCUGAUUGGUCAAGUGCUGAACGCUGAGGUUCAGAUCAAGGUCGAGAUGGAGAACAGGGACUACGGGGACACGGUGGUGGGGAACUUUCUAGACUCAUACCAGAACCUGACACUCAAGGCUGUCAUGGGCUUCCGCUGGCUGGCCAACAUGUGCAAUGACGUCAAACUGCUGAUCAAAAUGGACGACGACGUUUUCUUUGACGUCCGUAAGUUCUUCACGCGGUACUGGAACAAGCUGGGCCCGAGCCAGAAGACCAAGUCCAUUCACUGCCAGGUGUGGGAGAACGCGGUGGUGGGCCGGACCGGCAAGUGGAAGGUGGAGCGGGGUCUGUGGGCCAACUCAAGCUACCCCUUCCCCUACUGCGCCGGCUUUUUCGUCGUCGUCACGCCCGACUUGAUCCGGCCCAUGUACGAGGUGGGGAAGAGCAUCGACUUCUUCUGGAUCGAUGACGUCUUUCUCUACGGCAUGGUGCCGUCCACCAUCAAAGGCAUCCACUUUAACCAAAUCGGGAGAAAAAAGCGUCUGAUAUCUCAAACGUAUAAAGAGUUUCCGGCAUGCAAUAACCGGAAGGGGCGUGACUACUGCACUCUAUGGGCGGUGUUGACUAAUGGCGCCGAUGAAUUUGCCCUAGAAUACGCCAAAUUACAUGAGCCGCCCGCGUUAAAAGCCGAUGUAACAGUUAAACCUCAGCCAGUUGAAAGUCUCAUAGUCUCAGGAAGUCUCAACGAUACUGGAAGCCUCAAAGACACAGGGAGAAUCAUUAGAUAAAAUAGAUUAAAUUAGUUAUUACCUCUUUAGUAGCCAUUUACAUAAGAUUUCAGAACCAGUGUUUUAAAUAACGAUUUGUGUGUUCCUGGAGAUAAAUGUGGAUUUUCGGUAUUUGGAGUAUCCGCCUUGUUGUGAACUCUGCCGGUAGAAAUAAUCUAUGAGGUAUUUCGGUACUGGAGCUGUUGAUUUGGGUGCGGUACAUGUUAGGGGUGUACCGUUUUAUGUGGUGUAGAGAAUUGGCAGUUCAUUUUGGUAUUUAGACAAACCGUGUGGGUCUGUAUGUGGCCAGUAAGAUACUUCAAUAUAUUUCGGUGUUUAGAGCUGCUAUUAGAUCUCAGUUAUCGCAAGUCUGGAAAAGUAUUUAUUUUCUGUACUGUGGGUCUGUUAUAUCUUUUGUUGUAGGCGGAUCUUUAAAAUAUGGCGGCCAAUAAAAAGUAAAUAAAUGUUACAGUUACUGGUAACUUUGGCAAGUACUAGGGGCUCUGUGUAUUUGGACGCAUUUUUGGUAUGGAAGCCUAGCACCCCCCCCACUAUA